AUGGGAUUACGUGGAUUGCUGGCCGGUGGUCUUCUUGCAGCCUUGAUGGCAUCGCUGGCUUCUGUGUAUAAUGCAUGUUCCACUCUCUUCACGAUGGAUAUUUAUAAAAAGAUGAAACCUGAAGCUGAGGAGAAGGAAUUGGUAAAAGUGGGUCGUAUUGCAACGGGUGUUGUCGUCAUCCUGGGAAUGGUCUGGAUACCGAUGAUGAAUCGUAUCUCUGAUACAUUGUACACCUACCUGCAAAGCGUGCAAUCCUACCUGGCACCACCUAUCGCUGCUGUAUUCCUGCUCGGCGUAUUUUUCAAACGCCUUAAUGCUAAAGGUGCUUAUACUGCGAUGGUCGUAGGUUUUAUACUCGGUUUGGUGAAACUGACAUUGGAAUUGUUUAAAAGCGAUCUUUCCGGACUGCUGUAUGAUUUCGCGACGAUCAACUUCCUUUACUUCUGUAUUUACUUAUUCCUUUUCAGUAUUGCAGUGAUGGUUAUAGUAAGCUUAAUGUCACCGAAACCCGACGAGGAUCAUAUCCGCGGUCUGACCUUCGGUACCACUGUAGCUGAAGAUCGCGCUGCCAGCCGGGCCAGUUGGAAUAAAUGGGACGUCAUUCUUUCCCUCAUUGUAGUGGCUAUUAUUGUUACAGUAUUUGUUUACUUCUCACCACUCGGUGUUGCGAAAUAG